UUGACCAGAGUGCUGCUGCUACCGUCGCAGAUCUGUGCGCUCAAAACACAUAGAGUCUACGAGCCCAGUUAGUUCAGGGUCGUUUGUUCAACUGGUGCAACAAAGACGAUGGAGGCUAUACAGUUGUUCCUGCUGACCUGUGUCCCACUGUUGCUGUUAGCAUGGCUGAUAUCUCGGAAAGAAACGUCUUCAGGCAAACCUACUUCCGAAAGUCGAGGGAAGACUCCCAAAAUACUGAAAACAUGGUACAGUUGGUGGACGGGUCAUGUCGGAUACAUCAUCAAGAAUAAGAAUCGUGGCGUUGAGCAGUUUCGAUUCAACCUGCACGACCUAGCUCGAGAAGCUCCGGAGCCGGUAAUGGCGAUUUAUGCUCUCGGUCCCAGAUGGCUGACCAAACCCGUGUACAGUAUCAACGAUCCGCAGUUGAUCGCCACUGCCACGACGUCCAGCAAAACGGCCAGGUUCGCUAGCCUGCAAGCCGCCUCUACCAGCGUCCUCGGUAGAAAAUCCCUGACGGCCUUGCGCGGCGAGGAGCUGAAGCGCCAUCGCAAACUCCUCACAGCAAGCAUCCUGUCCCGCAAGGCACUCUCCAGGUUCGUGAACAUCAUGGGUGACGUGACAAAGACCUACUUUGGAACGCUACCCAACCCUGGAAGAAGCGAUGAUAGCCCGACGUGCUUUGAUCUUGAGCUCAUUACGAGCAACGAUAUAGGCGCGAUGGUGGUGGACGCCUUCGCCAAUUUCGGCUUCGGCGCCAAUGUAUCCCUUGCCGCAACUGACCCGACGGACAUUGAGCGUCGCCAACGGAUUCACAGCAGCAUCGACUUCCUCUUUACGGUGUUCUCCGAGCGAAUAGCCAAAGUGGGACCAUUCGACUUUCUGGCGUAUCUUGACGUCCGCAGGAACUACAAGCUGCGCUGUACGCAGGAUUACCUGCGCAACGAGAUAAUCCUGCCCGCCAUACGACAUCGCAGAGCGGAGACGUGCGAAGGUGGUGACGUGCCGGCGGACGCGCUCGACAUGAUGCUGGAGAUUACGGAGGACGGCACGCAGGCGUUCACCGAGGAGGAGAUCUGCGACGAGGCGAUACUCAUGCUGUCGGCGGGCCACGAGACCACAGCGUAUUCCAUCAUGUGGGCGCUGUAUCAACUAGCCCUGCAUCCAAAGUGUCAACAGCGCUGCUACGAGGAAGUGUGCAGUGUGAUGUCAUCGCAUCCUCCCGGAACAACACCAUGUAUGGCAGACCUUGAUCACAUGACCUAUCUUCAUGCCGUGUUGCAAGAGUCUGGAAGACUCACACCCAUUGCGCACAGUAUGCACCGGGAGGUUGUCGAAGACUUGAACAUUGGCGGGUAUCUUAUACCGAAGGGUAGUGACGUUAUGAACUAUUUCCAUGGCAACGCGAUGGCGGAGGAUGUGUUCAGCGACGCCGAUCAGUUCAUCCCCGACCGAUGGCUGAACGACCAGACCGGCGGGGCCAAGAGGCCGGGUUUGAGCUCGCUGCCGUUUGGAAACGGGCCUCAUCGCUGCUUCGACCAGCGCCUGGCUGUGCAGGCGAUGCGUAGUGUAAUGGCCGUGUGGAUUCAGCACUACCGCUUCGAGAUGGCCACCGACGACGUCAAACCAAUCUACCGCGUCGCGUACAUUCCGUCCGAGUUCGUCCUGCGUAUUUUCCCGCGCCGCCACGACUGACAGAGAGCUUGCGACCGUGCGCCGCGUACAACGAAACGAUGGCCGUCGGAACAGUGUGCGGCUUGUUGAAGUCAGCGCAACAUGGACAAUAAUUCCCUUAGUAUAGUUGGGCAGCUUUAUCCCCUCAUUAUUAUGUUAGGUUGUAUCACCUGCUAUGAUGCGCACAUCCACUAUGCGCUCUCGACUCGUUCACUGCUUAGAUUAGCACAAAUUUGGCACAACUGGUCACUCAUCCACUGCUCAGAGCAGCGCGGUAUGACUGCAAUUUGUAUUUCAUCGCAGCGUCAAAAAUCGCCAUAGCAACUGAGAGAUUGGACUCUGACGGCGGGUGGAUACAGACUUCCAGCUUGAGAAAUGAUUGGUACUUGCUGAAGGUCCCCCUCACUUCACACAAUGUGUGUUUGGCAUGUGUGCUUCACCGCAAGCCAAGCCAUGUCAUUCUCACUUUAAUAUGUACUUUGAAGCAGAUACGCUGUCCAAAUUGGAAACAUAUGCAACAAAGCAUUAAGAUACGCUGUCCAAAUUGGAAACAUAUGCAACAAAGCAUUUUAAAAGGCAGAUCGAUCAAAAGUGGGUUUCUUCUUCUGAUUCUUGCCCAGGCAAAAUGUGUUCGAAA